AUGUCUACUGAUAAGCGAUACUUUGAUCGUUAUGGCGUAAUAAAAUACGAAACAAUACUAUCUCAAAGUACAAGUACAAUCGAUCCAUGUGAUAAUUUCUAUCAAUAUGCAUGCAAAGAAUGGGAAACAAAUAAUCCAGUAACAGAUAUUGAAGGACAGGUAGAUACUUUUACAAAAGCUGAAAAAAAUGUUGACGAUUACUUCUAUCAUAUAAUUAGUAACGAAACCUAUUGUUCAACUGAUCCUGGCUUGUUGUCUGCCCAUAAAUUUUACAAAGCUUGUAUAAAAAGUCCUUUUGAUUCGGAAGACCAUGUUAAAAGUCAAUUGCUUCAUUUAAUUUCCAUGUCAUUUGGAAAGUGGGGUUUGUUGCCAUCCUCUAGUAGAUCUAAUCUUCUGCCAAAUGUUCUAACUUUGAAUUUGACUGCUGUUUACCUACCAUUGAUAAGUACAACUGGAUAUUCACCUUUAUUUUCACUGGAAGUUGAUCAAGUCACUAAUCAAGUCAGAGAAGGACUUCUUCGCCUAAAAGAAGUAUUUUAUCGGGCGGCUAAUUUACUUAAUGUGAACCAUUCGAAUGAUGAAAGUCUCACUGCUGCUUUCCAGUUAUUUGACCGGCUAGCUAAUAAUUCCUUGGGUCCUCAAACAUAUCCGACAUCUAAGUCAAGAAAACUUGUUGGAUUAAGGACAUUGAAAUCUAUCUGUCCACCGAUCGACUGGGAUUACUUAUUUGACACAUUGUUCAAACAAACUGGAUUUUCAGGGUACAAGCAACAAAAAAUAGAGAUCUCAGAUACAUUUCUACUUCAAUAUCGUUGUGGUCUACAUAAAAUUCAAUUAGAAACAGAAAAAGAGAAAAGAUCACAACCUGAUUUACCGACGUAUUUGUCAGAAGCCUACUAUAGAGGGGAUAUAAACAGUAUGUACAUUUUUGCUGGAUUGAUGCAAUCACCGUUCUAUGAAAAGAAUGAGGAUCAAAUCCUUAAAUUCACUGGUUUGGGUCGGAUCAUCGCUCAUGAACUCUUACACGCUAUCGAUAUUACAGGUAUUCUCACGGAUGAACAUGGAAAUCUACGGUCUAAUCAAAGUUCUCAGGCUGGACUCAUUGAAAAUAUGAAGCAAGUUAAUUGCCUCCGAUCUCAUUACAAAAUUCAUCCUGAUUCGUAUGGAAAGAUUAACAAGAUUGGAACACAAGAUGAAAUUUUGGCUGACAAUCGAGGAUUGAAAAUAAUGUACGAUGCAUUAUGUGGUCAUGUGAGUGCUGGUUAUUAUUCACACUAUCAAAAUAACGUUCAUCAUCUCCUUCCUGAAUACAGGGUAAUUGGCGCAUUGAUGAAUAGUGAAGAAUUCGCUAAAGCCUAUAACUGUCAAACUGGUUCACGAAUGAAUCCUUCACAGAAAUGUAAGCUGUGGUGA